UCUGCCAAUUGAGUGAAAAGAAAUGAAAUCGCUGCUCCCGCACCUUCCUCGCCCGACUCUCUUCUACUCGAUCCCUCGGCUCCCGCCAACGGCCGCGCACGUGGUGGCCCGCCCCCCGCACGUGCGAGCCCCCGCGCCACUUUUCCCCUCCUAUAAAUGCGCAAACGCUGACGCGGACGCUCGCGCUUCAAUGACCAAAAUGGGCGGAGAAGCUGUGACUGUAGCCGAUGCCGAGAAGUUUCGCUCCGACUUCGUUCAAUUUCUUCGUAGCAGACGAUCCGAGGAAGUUGAGCUAUCCGUAGAACCUGCAAAACCGGUGGAGAGUCCUUUGUAUCAAGAAGCUAAUCCGCCUGGUUUCAGUGAGGGAAUGCAAUCUUGUCCCAAGGAAAACAUUAGGAAUCUCAAGGAGCUACUUAAGGAGGAAAAUGUCUACCUAAUUACUGAGAAAGGAGAGCAGGGUCGCUUGCCUGUACUUAUCAUAAGCAUGAAAGAGGACAUCGUCCAAAAGAGGCCUGCUAUUGUGUUUCUGCACAGCACACAUAAGUGCAAAGAAUGGCUACGCCCUUUGCUUGAGGCAUAUGCUUCUCGAGGAUAUAUUGCUGUUGCUGUUGAUUCUCGGUAUCAUGGAGAACGUGCCAGUAGUCUGACCACCUACCGAGACGCACUUAUAUCAUCAUGGAAAAAGGGUGAUACUAUGCCAUUUAUAUUUGAUACGGUCUGGGACUUGCUCAAACUGGUGGAUUAUCUCACAAAGAGAGAGGACAUAGACCCCUCAAAGAUAGGGAUCACGGGCGAAUCACUUGGAGGAAUGCAUGCAUGGUUUGCUGCUUUUGCUGACAAACGCUAUUCAGUAGUUGUCCCUAUAAUCGGCGUGCAGGGGUUCCGAUGGGCCAUAGACAACGAUAUGUGGCAGGGUAGAGUUGACAGCAUAAAACCUCUUUUUGAAGAGGCACGUAAGGAUUUGGGAAAGAGUACCAUUGACAGAGAAGUGGUAGAGCAGGUAUGGAAUAGGAUAGCUCCUGGUCUAGCCUCUGAUUUUGAUGCCCCCAACACAAUCCCAGCCAUUGCUCCACGGCCCCUUCUGAUAAUUAAUGGUGGAAAUGAUCCUCGCUGCCCUGUUGCUGGCCUGGAAGUUCCAAAAUCAAGAGCAUCUGAGGCUUAUGAGAAGGCGCACCGUCCAGAGAAUUUUAAGGGUCAACUGUUCUUUUCCUGAGUAGGCACCAAUGCUAGUACAGGGAUGAAAUCCCUCUUUACUCAUUAGAAGGAGUUUUCAGUCAUGCUGAAUUCGAGCAAAGCAACUGGCGUCUACACCUCACCACGUACGCCGGCGUUUGAGCUUUUAAUUCGGCUCUAGGGAUUCACCGACACGCCUUUCUUACUUAAUCCACAGAGUCCAGCCCUUCGAUUCCCCUCCCAUCCAACAGUAUCUAUGUGGACGGGUCGUGAUAGGCACGUGUCAGGCUCGGUUGUUACAGGUGGCGACUUAGUCAUGACAGGUGGUGGUGUAGUCAUGAUAGGCAGUGGUUAAAUUGUUGCGCGGGGUUUCGACCCAAAAAAAAAAAAAUUUGUUGCACGGGGCCAACUGGCAUUUAAUUUUGGUGCGGUGGUUACACCACUGUCCUCUAUAAUGGGCUUUACUGAAGGUGGAGGUUUUGUCUAAGGAUGACUCAUCGGGUAUGAACAAUGUUGUCCGGUCGUUCAGGACUGACUGGCUUCACUGCUCGUUGAACGUGCCCGCCUGGCUCAUCGGGGACACGUCUUUCGCCCUACCGUCAGCCAAAUCCAUCAUUACCAGCCGGCACGCACACACUGUCAAAACAUACACUUU